CAACCAUUCAUAUCAUUGCUCUUUACCUUUCGAAGAAAACAAGACCUCGCAGAUGGAGAUGUUGUUACUGUCGUCAUGAAAACUCCUGAACAAUUCGGAAAAAAGAAGUCUCUAAUUGCCAAAUUCGUUCCAGGACAUCAGCUUUUCCAACGCACAGAAGUCUUCUGUAUUCCUGGAACGAAGUUCUUUGUCAGGAGCGAACUCAAAGAAAGAUAUAAUGUGUCAUUCAAUUACACAUUAUAUAAUGUUUUCGACCCAGAAGAAGACUUCUUCCCAGAAGCAAUGGAGGAAGAAGAAGAGGAGGAGGAAAUACAAGACUCAAUCCAAGAAGAGUCCUCCGAAUUCACACCCGAAGACUAA